AUGUGCACGGGAGUGACAGCGGGUGCUUACAUUCUUACACUAUUUGCUAGGAAACGUGUUCUUGGGUUGAUACUUGUAUCCCCUCUUUGCAGAGCACCCUCUUGGACUGAAUGGUUCUAUAACAAGGUGAUGUCAAAUUUGUUAUAUUUUUACGGAAUGUGUGCAUUGCUUAAAGAGCUUUUGCUUCAACGUUACUUUAGCAGGGAAGUUCGCGGUAAUAUAGAAGUUCCAGAGUCCGAUAUAGUUCGAGCAUGCAGAAGAUUGCUAGAUGAAAGGCAUGGAUCAAAUUUGAUGCAAUUUCUUCAAGCAAUUAAUGGGAGACCUGACCUUACCGGCGGGCUGAAGAGGCUCGGCUGUCGAACCUUAAUAAUCGUCGGCGAUAGCUCACCAUUUCAUUACGAGGCCGUAUACAUGGCAUCCAAGUUGGAUAGAAGAUUUAGUGCCUUAGUUGAGAUAGGAUGCUUGUUUGUGCAGGUGCAGGCUUGUGGCUCAAUUGUGACAGAAGAACAGCCACAUGCAAUGCUGAUACCUAUGGAGUACUUCUUCAUGGGAUCUGGGUUGUACAGGCCUUGCUAUUUGAGUGGCAGUCCAAGGAGCCCCUUAAGUCCAUCUUGCACCUCGCGUCUCACAUCUCGCCGGAGCUCCUCUCUCCGGAGAGCUCGGGUUUGA